AUGGGGGCCCGCCGGUAACGGGCCCGUCGGGGCCGGGGCCCGCCCGCCGCAGAGCACACGUACGGGGAGGUGAACCAGCUGGGCGGCGUCUUCGUGAACGGGCGGCCGCUGCCCAACGCCAUCCGGCUGCGCAUCGUGGAGCUGGCGCAGCUCGGCAUCCGGCCCUGCGACAUCAGCCGCCAGCUCCGCGUCUCGCACGGCUGCGUCAGCAAGAUCCUGGCCCGGUACAACGAGACCGGCUCCAUCCUGCCCGGGGCCAUCGGCGGCAGCAAGCCGCGGGUCACCACCCCCAACGUGGUCAAGCACAUCCGAGACUACAAGCAGGGCGACCCCGGCAUCUUCGCCUGGGAGAUCCGCGACCGGCUGCUGGCCGACGGCGUCUGCGACAAGUACAACGUCCCCUCGGUCAGCUCCAUCAGCAGGAUCCUGCGGAAUAAGAUCGGCAGCCUCUCCCAGCCCGGCCCCUACGACGGCGGCAAGCAGCCGCCGCCCCAGCCCGCCCUGCCCUACAACCACAUCUACCAGUACCCCCUACCCCAGCCCCAUGGCCUCGCCGGCCCAAGAUGGGGGGGGCACCCCGGGGCGCCCGUGGGGGCGGCCCACGUCAGCCUGCCGCGCUCGUGGCCCUCGGCCCACUCCGUCACCAACAUCCUGGGCAUCCGCACCUUCGUGGAGCAGUCGGGGGCUCUGGCUGGCACGGAGGGGUCUGCCUACCCCCCCAAAAUGGAAGACUGGCCCAGCGUGAACAGGACGGCCUUCCCCCCGGCCCAGGCAGUCAACGGCAUCGACAAGGCUGCCGUGGAAGGAGACAUCAAGUAUCCCCAGCCCGCCCCGGGGCUCUCCUCGGUGGGCGGCUUCCUCCCAGCCUGCGCCUACCCCCCCUCCAACCAGCACGGCGUCUACGGGGGGCCGGCCGGCGGCUACAUCCCCCCAGGCCACCCCUGGCAGCCGCAGGGGACCCCCUUGGCCCACCACGGGCCCGGCGUGGCGGUGCACGGCGGCGACCUGGCCACGGCGAUGGCGUUCAAGCAGCCCGGGAGGGAAGUCGUGGACAGAAAACCUGCCAGCCCUGUGGGGAAAUCUCCAGACCCUCUAAAUACCAUCCAUGGACUCUCUAUCCCAGCCUCCUCUUCCUAGAGCUGUGGAGCAGCAGUCUAGAGACAGCAACGCUUGGAAUAAGCACCGGCAAACUGUACCUGAAGCCUGAAGUGCCACCAAACUGUACCCAAAGUGCCACCACCUCUGCCAGUUGCCUGUGGGGAUGAGGAGACAGCCUGGGCAGUGAGAGGUGGCAUCUUCCCACGGCAAAUCCCGUGCAGGGGAGCACGGCCAGGACGGGACAUUCACUCGUGCUGCCCAGAGGGAUGCUUUACCUCCAUCGGAUCAGAAAGGGAUGACAGAAGAGACUCAGUUUUUCUUCUUUAUUUUGUCUUUUUUUUCCCCCUCCCACUGUUUUCAGUUUUUCUUUCUCUUUCCCGUGUCCCUGGAGACUGUUGGAUGCAGGGCAGUGAAUGCCUCCAUCCCCAGACAUUGCUCAGAGCAUCCCCAGCUCUGUCCCAGCCCAAGGGAGCACGUUUCCUCCAGGGAGCAGCUCCGCUAUGCGAUGGAGCCCUCUCCGUCCCAGCCUUCCGGUGCCUCUGCCCCGGAGUAGAAAUGGACAAACGUGCCACAUUUUACGAUAUAUUUUUAUAAUAACAAAC